UUGUCAAAGUUACUUGUCACUUCGAACUGGAAUGGCGAAAUCCUCAGGCUUCAGCUGCCGACUCACGACAACCCAAAGACUCAGCUUCAUCGGCCCCGUCGAAAUUGAUUUUGGUAUAGUCCCUUCAGACGUCGAACCCGUUGAAUUGCCACUGCAUAUACGCAGUGUACGCUAUGGACGUAGCCCACCUGUGCAUUUGUGCAUUUGUGUAGUAAGAUCUCCCACUGCUAGUCUCCAAUUCGCUUUAUCGAUUACUAAUUCACCUCUAUCUACAGUCAUGAAGGUGAUGAUCAUCAGUGAAUGGGAUGAUUGCACUGAAACAACCUGUGCAUCACGGACACGAGGGCAGCGAGGCAAAAGGAUCAUCUCGCAGGCUUCAACUUCUCGCAAUUCAUCUCUCGUGUGCAGGAGAUUGCACCUUUUUGCUGUGGGAUAUGAUCAAACCUGCCAGUGCAUGUUUGAACACGUCCCACAGGAAAGUCGAUACUCGAAUCAAAGGCUACUGGCCGAAUACUUACCCAGUCAACAGAGCAAAAUUACUGGGCCAUAUAUCUCAAUGUUGCGGAUUCUCCGUAUGAGCCUUCGAUGCCCUGCAUGCACUGAUGCAGAGUGUGCUCACCAUACCAACGGCUUCGUUGUAAACAGGACUUUAAUGGUUCCUUCUCGUAACAAGCGCAAAACGAGGUCCUUUGCACGUUUCGUGCGCUUGGUAUGAUAUCCUUAUGCUGAUUUGUUUGUGUAGUUCUACAGGUAGCUGCCCCUUCAUCCACUGCUUAUAAACCAGAAUUGAGCUGUUACUGGGCUGGGAAGGUGAAAAGGCCUCGCAGCGUUAUAAUCGUCGCAAUGCGACCGCAGGACACUGUCGACUCUUGAGCUGCGCAAUGUUUUGCCAUAUAGUCACGCUGAGCUGCGUGAUGCGAUGUGUGUUGUGUUUACUGGAC